GGACGCGACGAGGAGACGAGAGAGGAAAGGAGGAACAGGAAGCGCUGGGAUUUCCUCUGGACGUGAGGCGUGUGCUCGCUGACACUCGGGCGCAGAGUCACAGAGAGACGAGCCGCUGCUCUGUGAGGUCUCUCCUCGGGGGGGAAAAGGGCUUUUAUUUUGUAGAUCUAGCGAGAAAAAACAGAUGUUUUUUUGAGGCGACAUUCUUUUAGCGAAUCCGUAUAUCUGUAUCCCCCUCAGUGGAAGCCCAGCUGCGGAUCAGAACCUGCUCUUCUCUAUUCCCUCCGGCCUCCGGUUGGUCCGUUUCGGCCCGUCAUCGUUAGCCGAGGGGGAGGGAACAUGUAAGCGACCUCCCCCCACCCCCCCCCACCGCAUCCCUCUCACCUGCUGAUCUCUUGUCACCUGUCGGUAAAAUCAGAAGCGAGCACUGAGCGGCGCGGGAGGCUCUGCCCGAGGGGUCGGCCAUGUUGCGUUGCGUUCUCCAGCGGGCCAACAACCUGAGGCACUCGGACCCUCUGGUCAGCGUCACGUUCAGAGGGUCCAAGAAAAAGACAAAGAUCAUCAAGAACAACCCCAACCCCGUUUGGAACGAGGGUUUCGAAUGGGACCUGAAGGGGAUCCCGCUGGACUCGUGCGCGGAGGUGCACUGCGUCGUCAAAGACCACGAGAAGAUGGGGAGGAACAGGUUUCUGGGGGAAACUCGUCUGGGUCUCAGAGACGUUCUCAACUCUCCCAACCUAGCCGCCACCUUCACCGUGUCCCUGCUGGACACCAAGAGGAACAUCACAGGGGCCACGCUGACCCUGCAGGUCUCCUACGUGCCCCCCCCGGGGUCGGCUCCAGUGUUUCAGCCCCCCUUCCAGCACGAGGCUCCGCCCCAUAACAACAACCCCAACGUGGAGAUGGACACGGUCACCAUGAUUUCUCUGGACACGCUGGGCGAGGAGGACACGGAGAGCAUGAUCAUGCUGGAGCCGCCGGAGGACCAGGGCGCCGACGACGGGCGCUCCAUGGUCAUCGUGGGGCCCCAGGGGCCCCCGGGCCGGGAGUCCCCCACGGCGCAGACGCCGAAGCGCUCGCCGCCGUCCUACAACACCCACGGCGGGCUGAGGAAGAGGAGGAGGGGCGCCAGCGGUCAGCCGAAACCGCUGGCCGACAAGCCGCAGGACUUGCAGGUCCGGGUGCGGGUCAUCGAGGGCCGGCAGUUGCCGGGCAUCAACAUCAAGCCCGUUGUCAAGGUAACGGUGGCCGGGCAGACCAGGAGGACCCGCAUCAGAAAGGGCAACAACCCCUUCUUUGACGAGACGUUCUUCCUCAACUUCUUCGAGACCCCAUCGGACUUGUUCGAUGAACCGAUCUUCAUCACUGUGUGUGACUCCCGCUCACUCAGAACGGACGCUGUGAUCGGUGAAUUCAAGUUGGAUGUGGGCACCGUCUACAAUGAGCACAGGCACUGCUUCUUGAGGAAAUGGCUGCUGCUCUGCGAACCCGACGACCUCUCCGCCGGGGUCAAAGGUUACCUGAAGGUCAGCCUGUUGGUCCUGGCCGCUGGAGACGAGCCGCCGGCCGAUAAGCGCGCGUGCGCCGAGGACAAAGAAGACAUAGAGGGAAACCUGCUGAGGCCGGCCGGUCUGUCUCUGAGGGGAGCCACCUUCAACCUGAGGGUCUUCAGAGCCGAAGACCUGCCACAGAUGGACGACGCCUUCGUGGACGGCAUGAGGCAGAUUCUCGGCUUCGACAGCAACAGGAAGAACCUGGUGGAUCCUCUGGUGGAGAUCCACUUUGCUGGAAAAACUGACCGCACUAAGACCAUGGAGAAGAACGCCAACCCGCAGUGGAACCAGAGCCUGGCCAUGCCGAUUAGGUUUCCCUCCAUGUGUGAGAAGAUGAGGAUCCGGAUCCUGGACUGGGACAGAGCGAGUCACAAUGACGUCAUCGGCACCACCCACCUCUGUAUGUCCAAGAUCUCCGCCCCCGGUGGGGAGAUAGAUGACGCCCUGACUCCACGGACCGUCCACUCCGGCAUUGACGACAGCCUGGGUUUCCUGCCGACGUUCGGCCCGUGUUUCGUGAACCUGUACGGCAGCGCCCGAGAGUUCACCGCCUUCAACGACCCCCACGAGGCGCUCAACCUCGGAAAAGGCGAGGGCGUCGCGUACCGAGGGCGGGUCCUGCUGGAGCUGACGACCAAACUGACGGACAAGCCCGAGCAGAAAACCGAAGACAUCCCGUCGGACGACCUGCUGGUGGUGGAGAAGUUCCUCAGGAAGCGGAAGUUCUCCGUCUUCGUGGCGUUUUAUUCGGCCACGCACCUCCAGGACGUCGACGACGCCGUCCAGUUUGAGGUCAGCGUCGGCAACUACGGCAACAAGUUCGACUACACCUGCCUGCCUCUGGCCUCCACCACCCAGUUCAGCAGGGCCGUGUUCGACGGCUGCCACUACUACUACCUCCCCUGGGGGAACGUUAAACCGGUGGUGGUUCUGUCUUCAGAGUGGGAGGACAUCCGGCCGAGGAUCGAGGCCCUCAACAUGCUGCUGGCGAUCAUAGAGAGGCUGGAGGCCCACCUGCAGCGGGUGCAGCUGGAGGUGAAGGCGGGGGGCGAGCUGGAGGAGGUGGAGCUCCGAGUGGUGGAGCUGUUGGAUCAGGUCAUCUCGGACUGCAGCGAAGAGCUGCCCUCCAUCGACCAGUGGCAGUGUGCGACCUCCCUGGACCGCUCGCUGAGGCACGUCCGCUCCCUCCACCUGCAGCAGAUCGUGGCGGCGGCGCAGGCCCUGAAGUACGGGGACGCCACCGAGCUGUCCACGGUGCUGGAGCAGGCCGAGGACUGGGCCGGCCGGCUGAGGACCAUCGCCGAGGAGCCUCAGAACAGCCUCCCGGACAUCGUGAUCUGGAUGCUGCAGGGCGACCGGCGGGUGGCGUACUACCGCAUCCCGGCGCACACCGUCAUCUUCUCCCAGCAGCACUGUGGGAAACACUGCGGACAGCUGCAGACCGUCUUCCUCAAGAACCCACAGAGCAGCGGCGGAGAGGCCAAACUCCCGGGUCAGCUGAGGGUCAAAGUCUGGUUCGGCCUGGCCGCCGACGUCAAACACUUCAACCAAUACGCCGAGGGGAAGCUGUCGGUCUUCGCCGAGACGUACGAGAACCAGACCCGACUCGCCCUGGUGGGCAGCUGGGGAACGACGGGUCUGACCUACCCGAAGUUCAGCGACCUCACCGGACGGGUCAAGCUGCCCAAAGAGAGCUUCAAACCCUCUCCGGGCUGGACCUGGACCGGCGACUGGUACAUCAGCCCCGAGAAGACGCUGCUGUAUGACGUGGACGCCGGUCACAUGACCUUCACCGAGGAAGUGUUUGAAAACCAGAUGAGGUUGCCGGGCGGGCAGUGGAUCGGCAUGCCGGAGGGGUACACGGACGUGAAUGGGGAGAAGGCGGUGCCAAAGGACGAGGUGGAGUGUCCUCCUGGAUGGGUUUGGGAGGAGGUGGAGUGGAGCGAAGAUCUCAACAGGGCCGUGGAUGAUCAAGGCUGGGAGUACGGCAUCCCCAUCCCUCCGGACCGCCGGCCCAAGUCCUGGGUGCCGGCAGAAAAGAUGUACCACACCAACCGGAGACGCAGGUGGAUACGAAUGAGACGGCGGGACCAGCAGAAGAUGGAGGCUCUCAGAAAGCAGCGUCCGGACGAGGCGGAGAAGGAGGGCUGGGAGUACGCCUCGCUGUUCGGCUGGAGGUUCCACCUGAAGCCGAGGAAGACGGACAGCUUCAGGAGGCGCAGGUGGAGGUACCGCAUGGAGCCGCUGGAGAAGACGGGGCCGGCCGCCAUCUUUGCCCUGGAGUGUUCUCUGAGCACCAUAGAGGACAGGAACGAAGACAAGUCCGUCACGACCACGUUCGGAGUCAACAGGCCGACCAUUUCCUGUUUCUUUGACCGCGGGACCCGCUACCACCUGCGCUGCUACCUGUACCAAGCCAGAGACCUGCUGGCCAUGGACAAAGACAGCUUCUCAGACCCCUACGCCAUCGUGUCCUUCCUCCACCAGUCCCAGAAAACGGUGACGGUGCGCAACACCUUGAACCCCACGUGGGACCAGACGCUCAUCUUCUACGAGGUGGAGAUCUUCGGCGACCUGGAGGCCACGAUGGCGGCUCCGCCCAACGUGGUGGUGGAGCUGUACGACCAGGACACAUACGGGGCGGAUGAGUUCAUGGGCCGCUGUGUGUGCCGGCCCUCCCCGACCUCCUCGCCCCAGCUGGCCUGGUUCCCCAUCCGCAGACAGGACAGGAGCGCCGGCGAGCUGCUGGCCGCCUUCCAGCUGAUACGCAGAGAAAAGCCGGCGGUUCAUCAUAUUCCAGGUCAGGAGGGAGACUUCCUGACCUCCAGCCACGUUCUGGACGAGCUGAUGUUUCCAGGGUUCCUCUCUGAAAGCCUGCAGCAAUGGCCGGAGGAGUCGGACCUCCCCCCCCCGCCCCCCCAGAGGGAACCGAACGUCUUCGUGGUCCCUCAGGGAAUCAAACCUGUGCUGCAGAGAACCGCCAUCGAGAUCUUGGCGUGGGGCGUCCGCAACCUGAAGAGCUUCCAGCUGGCCAGCGUGGCCUCGCCGAGCCUGCAGGUGGAGUGCGGCGGCGUCACGGUCCAGAGCUGCGUCAUCCGCAGCAUGAAGAAGAAGCCCAACUUUGACGUCAACACGCUCGUCCUUGAUGUGAGGCUUCCCCGCGAGGAGCUCUACAUGCCGCCCAUCGUCAUCAGGGUCAUCGACAACCGCCAGUUCGGCAGGAAGCCCGUGGUCGGCCAGUGCACCAUCCGCUCGCUGGAGGAGUACCGGUGCACCCCGGGGGGGGCGGAGCAGGGGGGGCAGGAGGAGGAGGAGGAGGAGCAGCAGUGGAGACGUGAGACGCCCCAGUCAGUCGGCGGGGAGGUUUUCAUCGACAUCGACGACGAGGAGCCGCUCGUUCCCGACCAGGAAGAGGAGUUCAUGGACUGGUGGAGCAAGUUCUACGCCUCGACCGGAGAGAAGAAGAAGUACGGGACGUACCUGGAGAGAGGCUUCGACACGCUGCAGGUGAGAGGCCGAGAAAAAAAAAAGACUUUGAAACAAAGUGUAAAAGGUGUUAAAGUUACAAGAAGAACGCACGCUCCCUGUAAUGGAGACCUGUCAAUCAGAUGUCCCUGGACGUUUUUUUUCUGGGGGGGGACGCCACCGCGACGGCAAAUACCCGAGAUCAGACCCUUUCUGCUUCCGUCCCGGGACCUCUCUUCUGUCCCCUCCAGGAUGUUCGAGCUCCACUGCUCCCUCCCGAUGGAGAAGGACCUCCGGGUGAUGCUGUACGACCACGACAUGCUGCGCAAGGACGAGAAGAUCGGAGAGACGCUGAUCGACCUGGAGAACCGCUUCCUGUCCCGGCACGGCGCCGCCUGCGGCCUCCCGCAGUCCUACAGCGUGUCUGAUGUAAAGUGUAUUUGUGUGAGUAAUUUCUCCUCCCAGUCCGCCCAGUGUCCCGGCCUUCACCCUCCAUCUGUGUGUGUGUCAGUAGAGGACAAGAACGUGUCCAAACGGCACCUGGGUCCACUGAAGGAGCGGCUGUCCCUCCUCAUCUUGAGGAAGCUGGGAUUUGUCCCGGAGCACGUGGAGACCAGAGUCCUGUACAGCCCCCUCCAGCCCGACAUGGAGCAGGGGCGGCUGAUGAUGUGGGUGGACCUGUUCCCCGGAUCGCAGGGACCCCCGGGACCCCCGUUCAACGUCACGCCGCGCAAGGCUAAGAAGUUCUUCCUGCGCUGCAUCAUCUGGAACACCAGCGACGUCCUCCUGGACGACGUCAGCGUGAGCGGCGAGAGGAUGAGCGACAUCUACGUCAAGAGGAACAAACUUCUCACUUCUCGUUUUCAUGUUGUUUCGAAGCAGAUCUUCACGCCCGCCGAAUGUGCCCCCCCCCACCCACAGGUCACCUGACGAUGGACCUGAACCGCAUGCCGCGUCCGUCCAAGUCGGCGGAGAAGUGCGACCUGCGGCUGCUGGAGCACCCGGCCGGGCCGCCGGUGUCUCUGUUCGAGCAGAAGACGGUGAAAGGCUGGUGGCCCUGCGCCUGCGAGCAGAACGGACAGAAGAUCGUGGCGGGGAAGGUGGAGAUGUCUCUGGAGAUCGUGACGGAGCAGGAGCACGAGGAGAGGCCCGCCGGCGUCGGCAGAGACGAACCCAACAUGAACCCUCACCUGGAGGAGCCUCAGCGUCCAGAGACCUCCUUCCUGUGGUUCUCCUCCCCCUAUAAGACGCUCAGGUUCAUCCUGUGGAGGCGCUUCAAGUGCUACAUCCUCAUCGGCAUCGUUCUCUUCCUCCUCCUCCUCUUCCUCGGCGUCUUCCUCUACUCCUUCCCGAACUACGCCGCCAUGAGGAUGGUGGCGCCUUUUGGGCCAGCGAAGGCUGCACAGUGAUGAAGGUGAUGAUGAUGAUGAAGGUGAUGAUGGAGCGACGAGGAAAGUGGAGAGAAAAGAGAGACGAGCUAAAGAACAACGUCCAGUUAUAAAUCGGGCUAAACUGAUUUAUUCUCCUUCCUUUUCUUUGAAUGGAUUCUGUGAUCUUGUUGGAGUUGUGAGUAAACUUCAGUGCUUCAUCUGUGUGUGUGUGUGUGUGUGUGUGUGUGUGUGUGUGUGUGUGUGUCUUCGCUGACCCUCCUCACUGUACUGGAUGCAUCCUCGGCAUGUUUUAGCUCUCUAAAAGUCUUUGUGAAGAACCUGCAUGAACGAUCGUCUUUGCGGCCCUGUGUGCUGCCUUCAGGUGCAGUCAGAACGCAGAGAUGUCUUUCCCAUUUCUCUCCUUUCUCCUUCCUUCCUUUUUUGUCCUCCCUCUCUGUCUCCCUCCUUAUUCCCUCUGCGUCUCCUUAACUUCCUCUUUUCGCCUUUAGAGGAUGUUCUUCGGUUAUUUCCCCCCUUCUUGGUUUCAUGUCGGGAUGCCUGAACAUUAUUAUUACAUAUAUUAUAUUAUGUAUUUAAAAGAGCUUUACUUCCCGUACGUCCUGCUGAUGUAAAUCAACGAUCAUUGAACAACUUGAUUUGACAAUCGUGCCCUCGCCUGCCCUUUUUUGGUAAAAGAAGCUGUGUUUUCCCGAUGUGAUCCCUGUCAGUGAAUGCACCGGGCCUUCAGCCUCCCGCUUUGUUGCCUUUACAUCCGGUAACACUAACCCAGUUUAUCUUGACGUAGUUUGUGCUGGUUGCUGCCUUUACGAAGCCUGUCGCCGUCUCAGUGAAGUUUGACUUGUGGAAAUGUCUCUUUAAAGGAAUAGUUUGACAUUUAGACCAAAUGUCCAUCCCACUGAGCUCCUCUUAGCUUAGCUUAGCAUAAAGCCUGGAAACGGGUGGAAACAGUUCGCUCGACUCUGUCCAGAAGUAAAGAGUUCACUAAUUAACCAAAGGGCCGUUUUAAACAUAUUUAUCAAACAAUGUUAAAUGUGCAUUACUGAACUGGGGGGGUUGCUUGGUUAUUUGAUGCCUCUGGACAGGAGAGGAAUAUUUCACAAAAUAUCAGAGAGAGAAUGUAUUCACUCAUUGUAUUCACUAAGAGAAGUCUCCAGAGUUAUGUUUCAUAUGCUCAAAGGGCAUGUUUACUAAUCGCUAAAAACUUGCAUUUGGAACUAUAAAACCAGAAAGUGCAAACAAAUUGGUUUUAAAUCCAAUGCGCCGUGUCAAACUCUGUUGUCACUGUAAAAGGAAGUUGAACAUGACUGACAGUAUUGAUAUUUGAAUGUAUUUUAGGAGAAACAGACCAUGUAUUUGAACUCAUAUCUACAAUAAGCAAUACUCUGCACUGCAUUAUGUCAAUAUUAUCAAUAAAACUGCAAUUCUGAAGUGUUUUAUUCCA